CAGAACACGCGGUACUACCACGAGCACGAUGUCUCUUCGUCGUAUAAUAAAAAUGUAUCGUUGAAUCGUGCCUUUGUACAGUUGAAUAUAGUUGUUUUGUUGACUUUUUUUUCAACUUUCCAUGUUGUGAUGCUGUUCAAUUUAAACAGGCGAUGUUAUCCAGUUGAUAUUUGUAUAUAAAAAAAAAAUCCGUUGAGUUUUAGCUCUUAACGAUUGUUGUUCGUGUGUCCGUUUAUUGUUGACAAGUGCAAAUUAUAUUAAUUACAAGAUAAUUUCAAAAUGACGGAAUUUGUUGACGGAUGGCUUCUCGGAGAUAUACUCGGCGAGGGAGCUUACGGAGAAGUUCGAAUGGUCAUUAAUAAAGUAACUAAUGAAGUAGUCGCGAUGAAGAUGAUUGACCUGGAAAAACAUCCAGAUGCAAAAAAUAAUGUCAAGAAAGAAACGACGAUUCAUCGCAUGCUGCGAAAUCCAUAUAUUAUACAAUAUUUUGGGCAGCGAAGUGAGGCCAAUACAGAAUACAUAUUUUUAGAAUAUGCUUCGGGUGGCGAACUUUUCGAUCGAAUAGAGCCUGACGUUGGAAUGCCUACAGAGGAAGCUCGCAAGUAUUUUAGGCAACUCAUUUCGGCAGUAGAAUAUCUUCACAGUAGAGGAGUAGCACACAGAGACUUGAAACCAGAAAAUCUUUUGCUUGACAGCAAUGAUAAUUUAAAAGUAACUGAUUUUGGACUAGCUACAGUAUUUCGAAUCCGUGGUAAAGUACGUCUGUUGGAUAAAAAAUGUGGGACUCUGCCUUAUGUAGCUCCUGAAGUGUUGGAACGACCUUAUAAUGCUGAGCCUGCUGAUAUUUGGUCAUGUGGUAUAAUAUUAAUUGCAUUGCUAGCUGGAGAACUUCCAUGGGACCAAGCUGGCAAAGAUUGUCCAGAAUAUAUAGCCUGGCGAAACAAUGAAUACAUUCAUUUGACUCCAUGGAAAAAAUUGGAAACAACAGCAUUAGCUUAUGCACAAAAAAUAUUACGACAUGAACCAGAUGCAAGGUAUACACUAGAAGAAAUAAAGAACAAUAGGUGGUUCAAAAUUGGUUACUCUAAAGAUGAAUCAAAUCCACACAAAAAGAUUGUUGCAAAUGAACCUAAGAUUGACAGAAAAACAGAAGCUUUCUGUUUCUCUCAACCUUCAGAGUUACCUCCGCUUGGUAUUAACAGCUUGACAAGCAUGCAAUUAACAGAAAGAACUGGUCUGUCUUUCUCGCAGCCUGUGUGUGUUGAAGAUUUAUUUGUUUCAAGUCAACUACCUCUUACUCAAGCAAGCCAGAGUUCUUUCCAAAAUUUGGUGCGGCGUAUGACACGCUGCUUUGCAUCUACUAAUUGCGAGGAGACCAUCAAGACUUUGACGAACUUGUUGACCAAAAAUAAUUAUCAUUUCCGUGUCAAUGAUUUUGGGACUAUUACUAUUUCAACUGUAGAUAAAAGAAAAAUGCCUUUGGUAUUCAAAGUUAAUAUAAUAGAUAUGGAUAACAAAACAAUGAUUGACUUCCGUCUGUCCAAGGGAUGUGGUAUUGAAUUCAAAAAGGAAUUUGUAAAAAUAAAAGCUCUUAUGAGCAGCAUACUGCUCAGUACUCGAACAGACACAGAAAAAAUGGAAAAUACAGAAAACACAGAAAACACAGAAAACACAGAAAAGAUAGAAAACACAGAAAAGACGGAAAAGACAGAAUAAAUAUUUUUAUAAAUUUUUUUAGAAAUGAAUGAGUAAUUAAUUCUGAUAAGCAAUCCCAUUUUUAAUUAGUCAAAAUUCAAUAGAUGAUUUCAAGUUUAUUUACAAUUAGCUUUCAUAAAAUAUUGCUUUAUGCAUCUGAGAUAAAGCUUAGUAAGAUUUUUCGUGUAAAAUAUUUGAUAUAAAAUAUAACGUGAUGCAAUUA